UGUCUCAGCCUUGACAAGGUGAGCCCACCCCACUCCUGCCUAUAAGUGCACCCCUGGCCACCUUGACAGCCACUCGGUCCUGAGCACGCACAGCAUGUUGGGCAUCACAGUCCUUGCCGCGCUCCUGGCCUACGCCUCCAGCUGCGGGGUCCCCCGCUUCCCGCCCAACCUAUCAGCCCGAGUAGUGGGAGGAGACAGUGCCAUUCCCCACAGCUGGCCCUGGCAGAUCUCCCUCCAGUACCUCAGUAGUGGCACGUGGAAGCACACCUGCGGUGGCACCUUGAUCAGCCCCAGUCAUGUCCUCACAGCUGCUCACUGCAUCAGCAACACCCUGACCUACCGCGUGGGCCUGGGGAAGAACAACCUGGAGGUGGAAGAUGAGGAAGGCUCCGUGUACGUGGAUGUGGAUACCAUCUAUGUCCACGAGAACUGGAACUCGUUUCUGAUUCGCAACGACAUUGCCGUCAUCAAGCUGGCGGAGUCUGUGGAACUGAGUGACACCAUCCAGGUGGCAUGCCUGCCGAAGGAGGGCUCCUUGCUGCCUCAGGACUACCCCUGCUACGUCACGGGCUGGGGCCGCCUCUGGACCAAUGGCCCCAUUGCCGACGAGCUCCAGCAGGGCCUGCAGCCCAUAGUGGACCAUGACACGUGUACCCAGAGAGACUGGUGGGGCAGCACGGUGAGGGACACCAUGGUGUGCGCCGGGGGCGACGGCGUCAUCUCAGCCUGCAACGGGGACUCGGGCGGCCCACUGAACUGCAAGGCCGAGAGCCGCAGCACCUGGGAGGUGCGGGGCAUCGUCAGCUUCGGCUCCGGGCUGGGCUGCAACACCCUCAAGAAGCCCACGGUCUUCACCCGUGUGUCCGCCUACAUCGACUGGAUCAACGAGAAAUUACAGCUGUGAUUCAUCCUUGGGAGCCAAGACCGCAAAUCCCAGCACCCGCAAUAAAGCUCCUUUCCCCUUAA